AUGGGCAAAUCACUGAAGUCGUUUUGGGAGAAGAGCUUUGUUGGAGACAAUUUUGCUGCGAGUGUGAAGGACCGUGUUCAAGAUGAAGUGUUGCCAACGGGCCGCAGAGAAUUCGAAGCAGGCAGACAUCUAUCUAUCUAUCUAUCUAUCUAUCUAUCUAUCUAUCUAUCGCAGUCUGUUUUAUCUAUCUCAAUCUGUUCAUAUCUAUCUAUCUAUCUAUCUAUCUAUCUAUCUAUCUAUCGCAGUCUGUUUUUAUCUAUCUCAAUCUGUUCAUAUCUAUCUAUCUAUCUAUCUAUCUAUCUAUCUAUCUAUCUAUCUAUCUAUAGCAGUCUGUUCAUAUCUGUCUAUCUCAGUCUGUUCAUAUCUAUCUAUCUAUCUAUCUAUCUAUCUAUAGCAGUCUGUUCAUAUCUAUCUAUCUAUCUAUCUAUCUAUCUAUCUAUCUAUCUAUCUAUCUAUCUAUCUAUCUAUCUUUUGGCCAUUAAUACUGACCCGGAUGUUCAGGUGGAGAUCAUUUUUUUUUUUUUCUCCAUCGGAAAAGAAACACAAAAUAUCAGCUCAGAUAUUUAUAUCUUUGAUUUACAACUCUUUUUCUUUCUUUCUUUCUUUCUUUCUUUCUUUCUUUCUUUCUUUCUUUCUUUCUUUCUUUCUUUGAUACUUGUUUGUUUUUUUUGUUUGUUUGUUUCAUUCUUUCUUUAUUUAUUUCUUUCCUCAUUUUGCUUCAUUUCUUUCUUUCUUUCUUUCUUUCUUUCUUUCUUUCUUUCUUUCUUUCUUUCUGCUCUCCCCCCUCUCUCUCUCUCUCUCUCUCUCUUCGUACGCUACCUUCCUAAACACAUUUUUAUUGCUGGGAAUAUUUUUAUCUAUCUAUCUAUCUAUCUAUCUAUCUAUCUAUCUAUCUAUCUAUCUAUCUAUCUCAUGGCGAUGGCCCGGCUACGUCUUUGUUAUGUAUCGCCUCGGCAUUUCACUGUUUACCGUGACCAGCCUAAUCGACUACUUGCUGAUGACGUCACAAAACUCGGAGUUGGAACACAACAUCUUUGUCUACCUAACCACGUGGACCUACCUGUUGCUGGUCCUCUACACCAUCACAUCUGCAGCCACGGCCGCUUACUUCUACUGGCUGCGGCAGAUCAGAAAGUUCGACCCUUCCUGGACCCCUGCCUCAAAAUUCACGUCGGUGACCAACCUGUUGGCUGCUAG